AUCUCUUUUAACUCCUCUCUUGUUUUUCUCUUUUUCUUCUGUAUGAACAAACAGCCUAUUUGACUCGGUUGAUUACAGUGGUUUCUGAUUGAUUUAAGUGGGGAAAUGGCUUAUAUGUGUACCGACAGUGGAAACUUAAUGGCAAUAGCUCAACAAGUUAUCCAGCAAAAGCAACAGCAGCAGCAGCAGCAAUUGCAACAACAGCAGCAGCAAGAAAUCCACCAGCAGCAACAACAGUUUAUGGGUGUGAAUCCAUUUUCAUGGUGUGUGCAAACUCAAAACCCUAGUCCGCCAUCUUCUUUCGGUUUUGGUCUUACUGGUGCUGAACCGUAUACAGUCGGUGUUGGAGGUGGUGGCUGUGUGUCUGAUGCUGGUGGUGAUGAAUCUGAUCCACUUUCUUCUUUUCCUCAUUUAGAUCAUCAUUCUAUUGGUUUUAGACUUGCAGAUGAGUUUGAAUCGGAUGAUUGGAUGGAGACCUUAAUCAAUGGUGGUGGUGGUGGUCAUGGUAAUGAAGAUUCACCAGAGAGUUCUGAACUUGCUUUUUAUAAUAACAACGAUCCAUUUGUUACUUGUUCGAGCCGACUCAGUACUCAAUCCUCAAACCCUUCUUCUGAUCUAUGUCCUCCUCUCAUCUUCCCAUCAGACACUCAACAGAAAAACCCUAAUCUACUUCAAUCUCAUCAUCAACAUCAACUUCCAACAUGGGUUCCAACGCCAGUUCUUCAACCUCAGGAUUUACCAUCUCUACAAAACUCAUCAUCCCUUCUUCAAAAACCCCAGGUCUUAUCUCAAUCUUCUUCUGAAGCUGAAUCAAUUUCUCCACUGCUAAAAUCGCUUCUUGAAUGCGCUCUAAUCUCAGAAUCAGAACCUGAACACGCCAUUAAAUUACUUAAUCGAGUUCGUGAAUCAGUUUCCGAACUUGGUGAUCCAACUGAACGAGUCGCGUUUUACUUCUCUGAAGUUCUUUACAAUCGAUUAAUCUCACCUAAAAUUUCAAAGACCCAUCCGUUGACUGAUUUUGACCAAGCUUCGUGCUCAUCGGAGGAGGUUACUCUUUCUUAUAAAACUCUGAACGAUGCUUGUCCAUAUUCAAAAUUCUCUCACUUGACUGCAAAUCAGGCGAUUCUUGAAGCUACUGAAUCAGCAAGUUGUAUACACAUUGUUGAUUUUGGAAUCGUUCAAGGUCUUCAAUGGGCAGCACUUCUUCAAGCAUUAGCAACUCGAUCAUUUGGUAAACCAACCAUGAUUAGAAUCUCUGGAAUUCCAGCUCCAACUCUGGGUAGAUCUCCAGCUGCAUCUCUAUUAGCUACUGGUAAUCGUUUACGUGACUUUGCGAAACUAUUAGAUCUUAAUUUUGAGUUUGAACCAAUUUUAACUCCAAUUCAUGAAUUAAACGAGUCUAGUUUCCGAGUGGAGAAAAAUGAAGUUUUAGCUGUAAAUUUCAUGCUUCAACUUUACAAUUUGUUGGAUUCAACUAAUUGUGCAGUAGAGAGAGCUCUUAAACUUGCUAAAUCGUUAAACCCUAAAGUCGUUACACUCGGAGAAUAUGAAGCUAGUUUGAACCAUGUCAGUUAUGUAGAUAGGUUUAAAAAUGCACUGAAGUACUAUUUAGCUGUAUUUGAAUCGCUUGAACCAAGUUUAGCUAGAGAUUCUUCAGAACGUAUUCGGGUAGAGAGGUUGUUGCUUGGGAGAAGAAUAGCAGGUGUUGUUGGUCCUGAAGAAGGGCCAGUAAGACAGGAAAGAAUGGAAGAAUAUGCCCAGUGGAAAGUAUUGAUGGAAGCUUGCGGGUUUGAAUCAUUUCCUCUUAGUCAUUACUCUGUGAGUCAAGCUAGGAUUUUACUAUGGAACUAUAAUUACAGUUCUAAGUAUUCCAUUAAAGAAUCAGCACCAGGGCUUCUCUCAUUAGCUUGGGAUGAUAUCCCACUUCAUACUGUUUCUUCAUGGCGUUGAUUAGAUUUUACACUAGUAUUUAUGGGAUUUCUUUCUUGGUUUAUUGUAUUGUGGAAUAUAUACUGGUUUUCCCUCCCAAAAUUCUCCAUGAAUUGAUCAUAAGAAAUGGGUCCUUUCGUUGGAGUUUCUAGAACGGAGAAACAAUCCUUAUUGGGUUUGGGAAUUUCACCACUAGGUAGUUUGAAUCAUCUUUUGUUAAGUUCCUUUGGUUACAGGUUUCAGUAAGACUUUCUUCACUGUAAAAAGAAGUUGUUUCCUUGUUGUAUUUUGAAGGUGUCUGUAAUUCUGUAAAUAUAGGGUUUUAAUCAAUGGAAGAUGGAGUUAUAAUUUUAGUUUC